CUGAGGACCCGAGUCGUUCUCCUGUCAGGAUUGGGCGCCCUGGCAGUAUCCUAGUCCAUCCUCUCCGGAGGUUAGGAAGUGGUCGAUGGCCCACUUCCCGUAAAACCUAGCCAUGGGAGACAACAGGUUACGGGUUAUAUUCUCAAUGCUCGAUUGGCGUAGAGCACGAGUGCCACGCAUUGUCUCUGACGGUGGGAGGACACCUCCGGGUGUUCAAUGGUUUGCUACUGCCCGCCUCAAGCCAGGCAGCCCCUGGUCAAAUUGGUGCAAACCCGCCAAAAACCCACCUGCGUCUGGCCGUGGUCGCAGGUGCGUAUCCAAUUACGGUCGCAAAACAUAUGAUAACUGUUCCAGAACCUCAAAGGCUGCGUGUGACGGCCGUCAAGCAGAUCCCAAUCUGUCUCUGCAAUCACAUUCCCGAGCUGGAUCUGCUCUCCACUGCCUUGUGGGUCAGGCUAUUGAGCCAAAGGCUCCGGGCGGAGUCCCUCAAGCAAACCUCCAAACCACCCACUGCCUUGUGGGUCAGGCUAUUGAGCCAAAGGCUCCGGGUGGAGUCCCUCAAGCAAACCUCCGAAGCACAACGACCACCUCGCGUGCGAUUGCCCACCAAUGCAAUCGUAUGCCUGCGCGCAAAGCACUCAGCAUCGGGUGCUGGAACGUGCGCACACUACUGGACCGGAACUCGAGCGAGCGCCCGGAGCGACGCACUGCACUGGUCGCAAUGGAGCUGGCGCGCUACCACAUCGAUAUUGCGGCGCUCAGUGAAACUCGGCUCGCUGAGCAAGGUAAGUUACAUGAAGCAGGUGCUGGCUACACAUUCUACUGGGUGGGGAACGCC